CCUGUCAUAAUUGUGAUAUCUUAGGAGCCAAUCGAGGAUCAACCAACGUAACUCUCUGACCGGAUCCGACGUUCCCCUUUCGGAUUAUGGACAUGUUCGUACAACAGGGAACCCGCUUAAUCAUGUCACGAAACCUAUCUACAGAAAUAAAGCUUCCUUUUUCCGGCCAGUCAGUCGGAGAGACAACCUCAUGCGAACCAGCUGUGUGUUAUUUUAUGUCUAGACUUCUAAAUCAAGGGACCUACGUUGCCCACGAGAGCCAUCCACCAUCUUUGACGCGAUGGAAAACAAUCGACAGGAUCACGAAGUCCUCGCGGAUGAGGUCUACGCCCAAGCCGUUACCGCCGCCACGAAGCAGAUUUCGGCCAUCACGGCCGAAUUGGAGAUCGUCAGAGACUCGUGGUAUGAGGUCAUUAAAAGCGAACACCCGGUAGCCCAAGAGCCACAGCUCAAGGCCCUCUUGGCCCUGAAGCUGCAAGAAGUUGGCGAAUCCAUUCCCCAUCGUCGUGCGGCCGAGAAGCGCUUCAAGGAGGAAAACGGAUUCUUGACGAGGACCCUGGAUAACCUGGACACGAUCAUGGGCAUACUCGAGUCGAAAGAGAUGGAAGAUCCCUCUGCACGGAUCGAAUUUUUCCAGGCCCAAGAAAUGGCCAACUUGAUUCGGCAAAUUCUAGUCAUUUUGGAGAGUGGGGGAUUUUAUGGACAUAAGGUCUCCUGUAAUGACCCUACGGUCCUAAAUAACGUUGCCGAUGAAAGGGUGGAUAGAUCGGGGGCAAUUUCGCUCUUAGGCUUGCAUUUAGAGUAUGCCGCGGAUCAGUUCAAUUUUGACUUGGACGAUAAAUUCCUUCAAUUUGACAGAAACGCAACUGUAAUUACCAGACGUGACAUUGUUUCCCUGGCAAGCCAAGUCUUUGAUACCCAGGGAUACGUGUCACCAUUCAUGAUGAAUUUCAAAAGUAUUCUGCCUAUGUUAUGGUACAACAAAACGAAAUGGGAUGAGAAUCUGUUAACAAAAAGAGUGAAAGACGAAGAGGGGCGGGAAAUGUCUGACCCAGUGGCUCAACAAGCCGUGGAGCUCUUCAAAAAAUGGAUUGAUCAAAUCCCAUUGUUGAAAGAGUUUUCCUUUCCGAGGUGGACUAGGGGCCCCAUCGUACUUCUGACUAUCUUCUCUGAUGCCAGCACGGCGGGAAUGGGAGUAGCUGCCUAUCUUAUCUGCGGAAAAGCCACAGAGUCGCUAAAUUCGCAACUCAUUUUUUCAAAAAGCUCACUAAUGCCCAAAAAUUUACGCAGUGGCGCCGAGGCUAAGGACGCACUUACAAUUGCCAGAGCGGAACUUAUAGGACUGCUCAUGGCCGUGAAUCUGGGUCAUUACCUCCAAAACGCCUUCAAUCGAGAGAUCAACCAAAAACAGAUCGUCUAUUUUACGGAUUCCCUUUUAAACUUGCAACGAACUCAACGAGGAAAAGGGCACUGUAAAGUCUGGGAGGAGCGCCGCAUUGAAAAAAUCUUAGAGAAGACCCAAACAUCAGAGAUCAGAUUUUGCCCAGGCAAGCUCAACCCGGCUGAUUUGCCGAGCCGAGGGUGCAGCCUCAUGGAGCUAAAAGACAAAUUUGAUUUUUGGUCCAAAGGUCCUGAUUUUCUCACAAAACCAAGAAAGGAAUGGCCGGUGCAGCCAGUGGUGGCCAGCACAAUUAUUAAGCCACAGGGAGGCAGUGAUAAUACCGAUCCGGACCAGUUCCCUUAUUUGGCAAACUGUUCGCAAGAAGUCGACUUGUACUUUACCCAGAUGAGAAGGAUCAAAGGACAAUCAAAAGGCAAUGUGGAAAAACGUGCAGCAGCCCGCAAAUUGGCGUUCUUAGAUACACUGGUAGAAAAUUGCGAGUCAUGGUUAAAGAUCGUGAAAGUGUUGGUCCGCAUCCGAUUGCUAUUCCAAAGAAUUGGGAAGAGAAGUGGGUCAAAGCAAACCCCCAACUCAAACGUCAAAUACUUGAGUAACGAAGAUGUAUCUUGGGCGGAGACAAUUCUAGUUCGUCAUGAGCAAGAAAGAACGCUGUCAAAGGAGAUUGAAUUCCUGAAGCAGCAAAACGAAGAUCAGCCUAAUUGGCUUCCAAAAGGUUCAAUCCUAAGAAAUCUUCCUGUAUUUUGGGACGCAAAACAAGAAGUAAUCAAAAUGGAAACGAGACUGCAUUUAUCGUCUUCCUUAACUCAUGAGUUUGCAAACCCAAUGAUUUUACCAAAAGGAUUGGUGGCCGAAAGGAAAAUAUUACACCUCCAUCAUUCAAGGAUGCAUAUCAGUCAACGCCAGACGUUUAAUAUAUUGAGACAAAAAAAUUGGGUAGUUGGCGGAUUUGGUUAUGUGAAGAGCAUCGUCAGAAAGUGCAAGACCCCCCGAUGUCGCUACAUCAAAUUCAAUUCGCCAAAAAUGUCCCCGUUGCCAGCUUUGCGUUUAGACAACCCAAAACCAUGGGUAAACGUGGGGGUGGAUUACACGGGUCCAUUGACUUGUAAACACGAUUGCUAUCCAGAGUUGAAUGCGAAAGUCAAGACUGAUAUUGCUUUUAAACACUUGACGCAUGAACAACAAAUCUGUCGAUCCACGUUGAAACCGUAA